GGAGAAGGCAUGCCUGGCUAUGCCUUUGCUUGUGCCUUGGAUGCACAGAUGGUCACUGGAUCCACACAGCUGAGCAGCGCCUGUUGAAGAUUCCUGGUACCUUUUCCUCCUGUAGCCUGGACACCUGGUGACCUGUAAGAACACCUGUCAAGUUCUCUGCCUGACACCUACACCUAGCAGCUGUCAUGGGCACCCCAGAGAGAAAGUGCUUCAUUCACACUGUGGCUCAGUACCUCCUGGACAGGAAGAGCCUAGAGGACCUGCAGCUCCUGAUGGCUGAAGAGGAAACCUGGAAACAGUUUGUGGCAGACGUUGGUUUGUCCAGGGAAGAGGAAGCUGUCUUGAGAGAAUCUCUUGCUAAGAUCUUUGCAAAUCCUGAUGGAGAAGAUAAAGAUGAGCUCCAAAAAGACAAGAACAAGAGGAAAGAGGAGGAUGCCUUGAUUGAAGCCCUGGGUGAGGCUGCAGCUGAUACUGAUGCAGAAGAUGAAGAGGAGAUCCAAAAUGACCUGUGGCAAAAGGAAAGGUUCUUGGAUGCUUAUCCUCGGGUGAAACUGGAGCUUGAGGAUCGCAUCAGGAAGCUCCAUGCCCUGGCAGACAAGGUUGACAAGGUGCACAGGGACUGNNCCAUCUCACAGGUGGUGGCCAGCUCCAGCAGUGCUGUGUCUGGAGCCCUGACCAUCCUUGGUCUGGCUCUGGCACCUGUGACAGCAGGAGUCAGUCUGGUACUGUCAGCCACUGGCUUGGGGCUGGGGGCAGCAGCAGCUGUGACUAGUGUUUCCACAAGCAUUGUGGAAAAGGUAAGUGUGGUGUCUGCUGAAGCUAAAGCCAGCAAGCUAGUACCAACCAACAAAGACACAAUGAAGCACAUGAAAGAAGUUGUGGAUCAGAGUGGCCCCAGACUUCUUUCUGUAGCUACAAAUACCAUCCAAAACAUAAAAGGCAUCCAGAAAUGCACUAAUGCCAUUCAGUUGGCCAAAGCCAACACUAACCUAGCAAAUAAUGCCAAGCGUCUCAUAACCACAGGAAAGACAUCAACCCAAACCGCUAAACAGGUGAAGGAAGCCUUUGGAGGUACCGCUCUGACAAUGAGCAAAGGAGCCCGGAUCAUGGGUGCAGCCGCCAUAGGUAUCUUCCUCCUGCUGGAUGUGGUCAGCCUUGUGGAAGACUCGAAGCAUUUGCAUGAGGGUGCUAAGUCACAGUCUGCUGCAGAGCUUCAUCAGCAAGCUUGGGACCUGGAGCAGAAGUUACAGGAGCUCAAAGAGGUUCACGACAGCCUGAUUCAGUGACUGCUUCCUCUUCUGUGCAGCUCAGAGGACUGGGGAGGGAGUGUGCUGGACAGAGCUGUGAACACAUGGGAGCCCCUGACUGUACCCCUUCACAGCACUGAGAGGGCACAUUAAGAGACAGGAAGCCAGAACAGAGAUGGGACAAUCUCA